AUGUUCGCAGAACUUAAAUUAUUAAAUCCCCUUGUCUUUAGAGGAUUGAAUUGUCGAAAUGUUUCAACUCCAACAAGUUCAAAGGGUGGUCCAACAAAUUUUUACAAACAAACAUCUUCUACUCCACCAUUCAGCCAGUCACCAGCAUAUUUUGGUCGGGACAGGUCUUAUGAUCCUUCUUUACUUAUUCCUGCCUAUAUUCCCAGCUAUUAUGAUAGUCAAAGGUUUUUACGCAUCAGAAGAUUCUUUAUUUUGAGUGGAAUAAUUCCUUUAAUAGUUUAUGGAUAUUUUAGGGAAGAGCGUGACGUUGAUGAAUUGUGGGAGUCUGAUCAAAGAUUAAUUAUUGUUAAUUCGCGAAAACAACAAACUUUGGAUCUUAUUAAAACCUUUAAACAAACGGGAAGGAAUACGCGUGAAUUGGAAUUACAAAUGAUUGAAUUGCUGGCAAAAGAAGCAGAAAUUAGAAAUGUCAUUCAAAAAGAAAAACAAAAGAAUAAUAAACAAAUGGAGAAGAAAAAAGAAAAUAGAAAAGAAGUUUUGGAGGAAAAUGUUCCACAAAAUAAAAAUUCUCAAAAAGGAUGGUUUUGGUAA